AUGCGGCCCGAGCCCCUGGCUGCCGUCACCUUCUCCCCUCCCUCCCCGCGGCUCUUCCCUCUCCUUCCCGAGCCCUCGCUCUGUCACGCAGGCGUUCAAACUGUGAAUUUAGGGAGCAAGAAACUAAUAAAGUCCGAGCAGAACCUCCAGCGCUGCCCCGCUGCUUCCCAGGAGAACGGCAGCAGUACCCCGGCAGGAAUCCUCCAGCGCCGCAAGCCUUCGCUCGACACAAGCAUAGAGGCCAGCACGGUGUUCUGGCCGGCCAAGCCGCGGGCCAGCGACCGCCCCGUCAUCUUCCAGCUCCAUUUUUGGGACUGCGGGGACGGGGCCCUGAAAAACUUCGAGCAUCUCCUGCCCGCCUGUAAGGAAGAAGCAGACGCCAUCCUCUUCCUCUUCUCCUUCACCGACCGCUCGUCCUUCGAGGAGCUGCCAGCCCAGAUGAGCCGGAUAGUCGGCCCCGGCGAAGAAAACCUCGUUAAGGUGGUCGUCGGCACCAAAUUUGACCUGUCCCCGCUGUCGGACGUGACGGAGCAGGACGUGGCAGCCUUCGAGGGGGCCUGGGGGCUGCAGGGGGAGAUGGAGAUGGCAGUGCAGAUGGGGACGAGGAAGGUGAUGGUGGUGUAG